UAUAAAUAAACAGUGACCAAAACAGUUGCUAACAAGGAAUGUAGGCGAUUCAUUUUUCAAAUUUUCUCUAUUUUUUAACUGCGCAUAGAUAAUGGACAAUAAAGGAUUUCCAGACCAAAAACAUUUUCAGUGUGGCAAUUGACGUAACGGGGUUCAAUGAUUUAUUUUGGUUCCAAGGUCGCACUUUGAGGAUCAAUAAAAUACUUUUUAAUAAUGCUAUAUAUUUGAACCUCUUAAUUUGGUAUGAUCGAAUGCAAAAGGCAAAAAUAAACAAUUUAAUAGAAAUACAUUAUACACAACUUAUAUCUACAAUAAAUUAUGAAAUGAUCGAGAUAGCUAUACUUUAGUCGCGCAUAAAAUUGGACAACAAUCGUUUUCAAAAUCAAAACAGUCACAUGCAACACACGUGAUGUUUUGACACUUCCCUUUCAAUGUGUAAAAUAUAUGACGUUGACUUCACGUGUGUAAACAAUUAAAAAUACACUAAUGCGCGGCAAGUUAUAAGUAUUUGUGUUUAGCAAAACAGCCGACGGAUUCGCGUGCACGCUGACACUCUCAAUUAAUACAUUUUGGGUACAGAAUAACGUAGGUAAUAUCUACAUUGUUCAAUUAUCAGUAAUUUGUGCAAUGUUGGUAAUAUUCUUCAACAAACAUACAUAACUUUUUUAUUGGUUUCAGUUCCAUAGUCUUGUACAUAGUUGUCUACUAUUCUUCGCGUAAGUUGUAAGUUGAUUCUUGAUACUGAUUGUCUGGACCACGCUGAACUAGCUAGUGGCACUUGGUACUAGACUCGGGGCCCGCCUGGCAUCUGGAGUCUGAACUCUGAACUGGAGUCUAGACUCUGUACUAAUAGCGAUUCUUAUUUAAACAAUGAGUUCUCUUAUACGAAGAAAGUUUCAUUACCUGAUAAACUCGAUUAAAUUCCACCGAAAAGGUAUUUCCUCAAAAAGAAUGCAACAAACUCAUGCUGCUUUAAACUCCACAACAGAAAUUCACCAGUUUUCUAACGAUGUAGUGCCUGUCUUUAAAUAUGCUGCACAAUAUAAUGAUCGAACAGCAAUACGUGAUAUGCAUGGCGAGUAUACGUAUAGAGGCCUAUAUCUCAGUGCAAAACAAUUUGCAAAUGAGCUUAAUGAAUUAUUAGGUGAAGGCAGUCAAGAACGAAUUGCAUUUUUACUGCCUAAUGAUGGUAGCUAUGUCAUUACACAGUGGGCAUGCUGGAUCAGCGGACAAAUAGCUGUACCCUUAAAUGAUCAACAUCCAGCACCUGUUCUCGAUUAUUAUAUUACAGACUCAGAUGCUAAAGUAUUUGUUACAACACAAGAUUAUUUACCAAUCAUUGAACCACUCAUGGUUAAGCGAAAUAAGCAUCUCAUAGUAUUUGACAAUGCCUUACGAGUUUUAGCUAUGAAAGCAGAUGGCAAACAAGCAAAUAAUAAAGGAGUAUUUGAAUACGAAUUUGGAAAUUUCUUGGAUGCAGGAGUACCAGGAGAUUUUUACAACAAAAGCAAUGCGAUGUUUGUUUAUACAUCAGGUACUACUAGUAAACCAAAAGGAGUAGUUCUGAGUCAUAAAAACAUUCAAGCUCAAGUCAAUUCACUAAUAUCAGCUUGGAAACACACCGAGAAAGAUAUAUUCUUACAUACUUUGCCAUUGCAUCAUGUGCACGGUAUCAUUAACGUGCUUCUGUGCCCGCUCUAUGUAGGAGGACGCUGUGUUAUGUUACCAAAAUUUUCAGCAUCAAGCGUAUGGGCACAAAUUACUGCAGUAGAUCUUCAGAAUACAGAAAGAAUCAAUGUACUUGCUGCAGUACCUACAAUCUAUAUGAAGUUGAUACAAGAGUAUGACCAACUGUUUGCAAAGAACGACAAAAUCAAAGAGUACAUUUAUAACGUCUGUGUUAAUAAAAUCAGAUUGAUGAUCAGCGGCUCGUCUCCACUACCUAAACCAAUAUUCGAUAGAUGGGAAGAAAUAACCGGACAUCGUUUACUUGAAAGAUACGGCAUGACAGAGACCGGAAUGGUUUUAUCAAAUCCCCUUGAAGGAGAACGAAUUCCAGGUAGUGUGGGUACGCCAUUACCAGGAGUAGAAAUUCGGCUAAUCAAGUCAGAGUCAGAGGAAAAUGUAAAACCGAAUGUACUUGUAUAUGGAGAUUCAAAGACAAGCCAAUUAACCAAUGGAGCAAAAUCACCUGUAAACGGUGAAUUACAAGUUCGAGGAGAUAAUGUAUUUAAACAAUAUUGGAACAGACCUGAAAUUACUAAAAACUCUUUCACGAAAGACGGAUGGUUUAAAACUGGUGAUACCGUACAGUAUGAUUCAGGAAUUUACAAGAUGUUGGGACGAAGUUCGGUCGAUAUAAUUAAAAGCGGAGGUUACAAAGUGAGCGCAGUCGAAGUAGAAACGGUCAUUUUGGGUCAUCCAGACAUUAUUGAUUGUACGGUAGUUGGAGUCGAUGAUAUUACUUGGGGUCAAAAAGUGGCUGCAGUAAUAGUUUUGACCGAAGGUUCAGAAAUAAUUCUGUCUCAACUUCGACAAUUCGCUAAAAAAUCUCUUCCCAGUUACGCUGUACCUACUGUGUUAAAAGUAGUUAACAAAAUACCAAAAAAUAGCAUGGGAAAAGUAAACAAACCUGACAUUAUUCGUAUACUAUUUCCAAAAGAGGAAGAAAAAUAGAAAUUGAAUCAGAUUAUAGCAGGGAAAUGAAUGUUUUACGUGCUGUGCGCACGAGCCGAUUGAUUUGGAAAGUCAACGAUACUCAUCUCAUUCAUAACUUUAUCGUAACGUAUGUUUGCCUUUGCUCGUUGUCAUCAAAAUAUUUAUAGUAUAUAGUUACAGCAAGCUGUAUUAUAGAUUAUCGAAAGAAAUUUUUUUAUUUCUAUUUAAUUAGAAAAUCUAAAUUUUUGUAAUUUUCGUAAAAAUCAUUAGAGUAUUGGUUAUAUGAAUUACUAAUAACAUUUUAUUAAUCAUUCAACUGUUUGCAUAAGAGUUUAGAAUAUUUAAGGACUUAAUAGGGGCAUCUCACACGAUGUUUCUAACUUACAGCUCAAUGAUUAAUCAAGAAAAAGGCGUAACAAAAAGCGGGUAUCGCAUUAUUUGUAUGUUCAUAAGUGAGUUGAAAGUUUACUCAUCAAAAUCCAUAGUGAAAUAGGAAAAAUUGCUUGUUUAUUUCUGUUAUUACCUUAAUUAAAUCACAUCAUUGGUGCGCGAAGAAAAGAAUAAUACUUUGUUCAUCUCUAGUAAACAUUACCGUACCAAGAAGUCUGAUUUGAUUUUUUAGUUUGUUUACACAUAAUAAAAAGUACUCUUUAUUGUAAUAUUACCUAAUAUGUCGUCUCAAGAUAUGUUCAAAUUUCAUGCUGCAAAAAAUAGAACUAUGAAACCUGAAAAUACUCAGAUACAUCGCGUAGCAAGGCUGUGAUUCCCUUUUUCGACUUAUAACCGUACAAAAGUUAAUAAAAAUAAAUCAGUUUUCAUUUUUUUUAAAUUGAAUAGAAAAAAAUGAUCAAAUAGCAUUGAAACUUUAUUAGGUUUGUUUUCUUUUUUAAAGUUCGGUCCUAGCUGAGCUUUAAAAGUUGGAACAGUGCGUACGUGAAUUUAAAGUUAAUAAGACUACAAAACUGAGCAUUUAAGGUAGCUACAAUUCGUGGCUGAAUUACAGAGCCUUAUAUGCGGUUACUCCAACGGAAAAAGUAUUAAUAAAUGUAAUUAUUUAUUUCAUCAAUCUAGCAGCUGGAAUGUAACUAUUAUUUUUUCUAUUUCUUCUGUCGAAACGACUGGAUAAAAUGCUCUGCAAUCGAAUAAUCUAUAAGAUGUAUACAACUGUCAAAUUACUAAUUAUCAUUUAGGCAAGCAAUCGAAGGAAAGCCGUAAUAAUUUUUCUCUACUUUAAUGUGCUAUGAAUAUCGGCUAGACGUAUCUUCAAAAAUAUGAAAAAAGGGUAGUUUUUUUCUACAAUACCAAAGAAAUAAUACGGAUUGUUAAAUUAAGCGUGAUAAAACUAGUAUGAAUCAAUAUCGAUUCAUUUGAUGUAUUAGCCCCUUGAAAUAAUUUUAUUGAAAAUCAAUUAUAAAUAGUGUUCUUUUUCAUUUGUUCAGUUUUAUUAAUUUGAAGGUUUCGUUUAAAUUUACAAGUUAAUUACAAAUUUACAAGUUAUUUUUAAAAUAUUUUUAGGAAAAUUAUUGCACUAAAUACACCAAAAUAAAUUCACAAUAUAUUUAUCGCGUAUACUGAUCGAGUUACAUCAUUUUCACAAUGCGAUGUACAUACAUUCGAGAUUGAAUCUUGGAGCAACGUUUAUAUAUAUGUAGGGAUCUCAAAUAAAAUUUGUUCUUUUUCAAAGCUUUGCAAGGGCAGAAAUCUCGAGCAGAAUAUGAACUAAAACAGCUGGAACCUAUCGUUCGUUUCUGAAUAUUUUUGUGAAAAAAUAUAGUUAUAUAUAAUAAUCAUUUCACGUUCCCUUUGUCUGUAAUUUGGUCGAACCAUUUCGGAGGAAAUCCGGAGGAAAAUCGCUAUAAAAGUGGAUGGGACUUUAACGUUAUUGGUUUUCAGUGAUUUAUCGAAUUCUAAAAAAUCCUAUUAAAUCCUGAUAAUGAAAGAUUAUUUUAUUCUAUUUACUUUAAUCUUGGGAUGGACAGAAAGGGUGUUACACGUAUACUUGAGGUUGUAUUAACUAUUGGUCGAAAAUAAUGUGAAAUGCUUAAAAAUUCGUGUAAUAGUGUUGCUAGUGAUGUAAUAAAAUGGUACGUUAAAUCUCAAUGACAUUGGCCGUUUCUAUUCACAAUUAUUGAAAUUUGGAUUUUAACUUGGUAGUUGUACGGAGAUCCGCAUACAAAUGAAAACAUUCGUAGAAACAAUAGUUACUAAUGUUACACUUGUCAUGUUAUAUAUUUAAAUUGAUAUAAGGAAGUGAUAAACUAAUAAAAACUUACAAUUAAAAGCUUCAACCAUAGGUUGCUGUAAAGCCCAUUAACCAUAUAGAUAUUAGAAACAAGUUUUUCAUUUUAAUAAUUCGUAACUCGGGCUACAUUACCGACACAACCUUGAGUAGCCAACACUUCAUAGACUUUCAUUAAUAGAAUCAACUGAGAACGCACAUUAAAAAAAUUUGAUGAUACCGCAAUACAAACGUUCGAUAAAAUGAAGCUAGAUUAUGUAGCUUGUUUAUCCUGUAAUUUGUCAUGUUCACGUACUUAUCAAGAACAGAUGAGAAUUUAAAAUAUUGUUUGGUUUGUUAAAGAAAUAAUUACCACACGUAUACGCCGUUGCAUAUGACUGAAAAUAAUCAACGAUCACAUUUAUUUAAUAAUUAAUUGAUAGCAUUAUUUGGAUUAGAGAAAUCGUUAUAUUUUAUUAAAGAAAAGAGCUUUUUUUAGCCUGUGCUAAAAAAUUUGACAUUACUAAAUCGCUAAAUAACGUAGUAGGAAUCGUAAGAAACUUUGGACAGUUAAACCUGCCCUACCCUUAACAUGUAUAUAGAUAUAGAAAUAUGUGUACUGAAAACAGACGAACCUUGACUAUAUGAUUACUUUGCGGUGUCAAAAUUAGAAUUCAUUUGAAUUACUUUUUCGCCUGCAACAUUUCUGUAUGUAAUCGUUGCUGUACUUGACGUAAGGACUUUUUUAAAGGAAGCUUUUCAUUCAUGUCUAGACAUCGAUCGAGUAAAGCAACGAUUACAUAAAAUUAGGAUUCAACAGAUUUGCGACAAAUAGCUUUCGGUAUGUAUUAUAGUAUUAGAAUGAGAAUUAAGAUUUGAAUAAUAAAUUCAACCAAUAUAUCGUUAUCAGUAAAACAAAUGUGAACACGUGCUGUAUUUGUUAUUGAUUUUAUAUUCAGAACUUCAAACUCAGACGACCAGUGUCUGAUUUUAUUCUGAUAAAUCAAAAAUAUUGCAAAAUCAUCUAGAACCGUUUUAGAAAAAACUACAUAUCAAAGGAUAUUUGUCGCAAAUAAAGUAUAGAAAAACCAUGAAAUAUAGGCAUAUGGCAGCCGCGUUUGAGCCGAUAACAUUGUCAAAGUUUUCUCUUUCAGUCGGUACUAUCACAAUCGUAUAUUUAAUAAAUAAUAGUGAUGUGAGGCAAGUGUUGGUUGCGUAUAUUAAUUUGGAAGUCGUUGUAGAAAUACGAUGAAGAAAGAAAAGAAUUGAUGUAAGAAAUAAACAAACUAUAUUUGUGUAUUUCAAAUACAGUUUUAAGCUUAA